AUGAGGAACCACACAGAGCUGAGUGAGUUCAUCCUGCUGGGAAUUCCUCAGACCCAGGGAGUGGAGAGUGUACUCUUUGUCCUCUUCUUAUUCAUUUAUCUAUUCACUUUAGUCGGCAAUUUACUCAUCCUCAUAGCAAUCCUUUCCUCCCCUGCCCUUCACACCCCCAUGUACUUCUUCUUAGGGCUGCUGGCCAUUUUUGAUAUCAUUUUGCCCGCUGUGACCUGUCCCAAGAUGCUGCUCUAUCUCUCUGGCCAGAGCCAGGCCAUUUCUUACAAGGGCUGUGCCACACAACUCUUCUUCUACCACUUCCUUGGAGCCACUGAAGGCUGCCUCUACUCAGUGAUGUCCUAUGACCGCUUUGUAGCCAUCUGUUACCCCCUGAGGUAUUCACUCAUCAUGAGACCCGAAGUCUGUGUGGGGUUGGUCGUGGGAGCCUGGCUGCUGGGCUGCGUUCAUGGCUCCAUCCUGACCUUUUUCACUUUUAGACUGACCUUCUGUGGCCCAAAUCAGGUGGAUUUCUUCUUCUGUGACAUCCCUGCUGUCUUGUCUCUGGCUUGUGAUGAUAUUUCACUGGCCAAAACCGUGAGUUCCGCAGCCGUUAGCUUUCUUGUGUUAUUAUUUUGGUUCACUAUUUGUUUCUCUUACAUGCACAUUGGGAUUGCCAUUUUGAGGAUCAGGUCCACAGAGGGUAGGAAGAAAGCCUUCUCCACCUGCAGUGCCCACCUUGCUGCUGUGCUCUGUUACCUUGCACCUGUACUCAUUGUCUACCUACAGCCCACACACAACCACUUGGUUGAUGCCGCUGUGCAAAUAUUUACUAAUAUUGUCUCUCCUAUGCUGAACUCAUUGAUCUUUUCCUUAAGAAACAAAGAAGUAAAGAGUUCUUUGAAAAGAGCAUAUCACAAAGUAAUACUUGCUUCUCAAGAAUAA